AUGUCCACCUUAUAUUAUCGUCCAAGAACAAGUGAAUUAAACUCAGAAGCAAUGGACCAAGGCACAAAUCAAGGUGUACUGAACGAUCUGAUGGAUGGUGUUCCAAACUAUAUGCAACCUGAUCCAAUGAAAGUUAAGAGUAGUUCACCGACUAGACAGAACAAAAACGAUCAGAUAGAUUCUGAUGCAAAUCAGCCAUAUAGUUUUCAGGAUUUUAAUGAAAAUGACGACCGUCUGUUGGAUGAACGAUCGACAAUGGAUACACGUCCAAGUGAACAAACAAUUGAGCCUACUAAUUGGGAUUGGCUACGAUUAAAUGCACUUGGACCAGGUUGGGAAGAAGUGCUUAAAGAGGUUCCGGUUACUCGAAGAGAAGCAUUGAAUUUACUUGUAAUCAUUAAGAAGAAAUUACUUCGGGCAGCGAGUGAACUCACAUUUUACAAGGAACGUGUGACUAUCUUGCAAGAACAGUUAAUUCAUCAGAAAAGAAAUGAAGAAAAGUUAAUUCGACUUCAAGCUGAAUGUAAGGCUCGAUCUUUGGAUGUAGAAAGACUUCGGAAACAAGCUUCAAGAGUUCCACCUUUGGAGAAAACAGUUAAACAACAAGAAGAACUUAUUUGUCGACUAGAAACACUAUUAGAUCGACGACGAAAACAGAUAGUCAAUGGAAAUCUUUCUAAUUAUGCUGUGAAUAUGAAUGCAUUAGACAACGAUUUAUUAGAUCAUCUAAGAAAUACAUCAACCGGCAAUCCUAUCAUGAAUUCAGAUGACUUAGUAACGUUAACAGCAUUAAGAAAUUUGUCAAGUGAAAAUGAAAGUUUACGCCGUACUGUAACUGAAUUAAAUCGAACCGUUCGCAAUUUGGCUAAACAACAACAGGAUAGCAAUGAGUAUCAUCAGAGGAUUGAACAAAAAUAUCGUGAAGAAAUAGAUGCCUUGAAGGAGCAACAAAAUCGUCUAGAAGAACAAACGUUACGUAGGGAUAGAAGACUUGAACCAAUAGAAAACGACAAUUUUCGAGUAACAGUCUCAGACAACGAACGAUCAGAAUUGUAUAAAAUGUUGGAUAAUGCUGAAUUACGAAUUAAAGCAUUGGAAGAAGAGCUUGAACGUCAUGAUCUUAGAGCACCACGAAGUACUAAUGAAUAGGUGCCUCACGCAGACCUCAUUUAACUAGAGAGCCUCUAUGGAAAUACUCAGGCCCAUCUAAGAUACCUCUUGGAUCAAGUGAUAUCUAUGCACGUAACUCGAAUUUCCCACGAAAAUCCCUUUUGAAGCAGAUCCCAGAGUAUGAGUCAUACUAGGCAGUUCUGCUGUAACAUUUAGUCUACAGGUUCAUUUUGAAGCUGAAAAAAACAAAUCAAUCUCUUCCACUUCUAAAUAAACAGACUGGACGGAAUAAUUUAGUCAGUGGAAAUACAAAACGUCAAUCUCAAGCAUUUGGUUCAGAUGUGAAUUUCCCUUCAGCUUACUCACUAGACAAAAGCAAAAUGUAUUCAAAUAAGAUCAUGAAUUCCAGUCAUAACAAUAAUAUACCCAACUAUGAUAUAAACAGAGAUGAUGAAGAUUUUUAAAAAGAGAAUUCUUAUCCUUUUUGAAAUAUUUUAAUUACUACCUCUAUGAAGAAAAAAU